AUGUCAGAAUCAUUUCCUCCUUUAUUUAAUAAUUAUUUUAAUACUUCUUUGGAAACUUUAAAUUUUUCUUCAAAUUUUAAAGAAAAUUGUUGUCCUGUUUCUUCUAGUCGAACUAAUGAUUUUAAAAUUUGUAAUAAUAUUCCAAUUCAGAGGCAGAGAACUAAAAGUUUGGAUAAUGGAACCUGUUUUUCACUGGCUACAAGUCUCCACAAUAACAGAAAAAAUCCAAUUAGACAAAUAACCAAUUCAACAAAUAUAUUAACAUCCUCAACAACAUCCAUUCUAACCAAAACACGUGCAAUUAGCGAAAAAAGAGAAUUUAUAGAAAAUACAAAAAUUAAUUUAUUUAAUUAUCCACGUUUAGAACAAGCAAAACAAUUUAUUAAACGUUUUUAUAAUUCAACUACAAAUUUAAAAUUGAAGAAGAAAAAAAGAAAAGAAAAAAUUAAUGAACAAAAAUUAAGAAUGUAUGGGUCUGCUGUUGGUCCUUUUUUUGAAUUUAGGAAGCCAUGUCAAGAAGAACUGCCUCUAUUACCCUAUAAUAUUCAUUAUAAAAUUGAUUCUUCACCAGAAUCCUCAAAUCACUCAAAUUCUUUUUACAUAAAAGAAAAUGAACACCAAAUACCCCCAACAUCUAAUCAUUUAAAUUCUCAACUAGUCAACAACCAAAAUUCAAAAAAAUUAUUUUCUCACAAAUUCCAAUUACAACAAAACAAUCACCCCAACAACACUUCCUCCCCUUCCACCUCCUCAUUUAAUUCUUUUACCAUUAAUUCCCCUUUUUCUUCAAUUUCUGAAAAUAAAAAUAGAUUGACUUUGCCUAUUAAACAAUUAAAUUCUCAGACAAAAAUUAAUUCUUUCCCAUUAAUAUCAGAAUCUCCUGAUUCGGCUUUUGGUGAUUCUAUUGAUAUUACUCCAAAUAACAAUAAUAAUUUUAUGAAUUGGACUGAAUUGUUUGACUAUUUACGGAAAGAAAUUGUUGAAAUGAAUGUGAAAGAUACACAAAUACUCCAUAAUUUAGAAGAAAUACAAAAUGAACUGGAAGAUAUUUUAUAUUUAUUUAAAAAAUAA